AAGCUUUCUCUUCGGGCGCACACGAAGAAGGGGGUGAGUUUCAGAGUUGAAGAUGUCCAAUUUCAUUGGUGGUUUGUAUGCCGAGUUCACCUGGGCAGACUUUGGCUUGCCGGAAACUGAGUCAAAUGGCUGGGUUUGUUUUGGAGGAGACGUCAUCAACACAGUCCGCUAAAUAAGGCGGGAAGCCUUGUAGACAAAGCUAUUGGGAGGUUUGUGUGCUCUUGUUCGCGCAGGAUCUGGGAUGGGGCAUGAAUUUCAACGCCAGCUACCGGUUAGCGCAUCUAGCGGAAAUGACCACGCUCGUAAGAUGACGAAGCCUAAAUAAGCUUCCAUUCAUGCUCUCGACUUUGAAAUACGACGGAGCGCACAGUACGCCAGAUGAAAAGAGGAAUCAAUCAACGGGUCCACUUGAUAGGUGACGAAUCGAUCUUGGUUUCCAAUGCUGGAUUUGGGAUAUCCUCGCAACAAUUGGCAAUUGGCGCCAUCAUGAGGGGGAGAAAUGAUCUCUCCAUCGGCCAGAGUGCGCCCGAGACAAAAUCUGAGGCCGAGACCUGAGGCUUGUUGCUGCCGGGUUGCUUGGGGGCUGUGCCAUCUUCACCAUCCCAGUCUGGAUGAAAAACUGUCAAGGCCUUAUUCUAACUUAGUCAUUUAGGCGCUCGAAUAAGCAUAAAUAAAUCUAUGCCUGCUCCCGACUCGCGCUCCGCGUGGAAAAUUCAACUCUCAUUACAAACCAAGAGUGAAGUUUGUUUUGCGCUGGAUGCAAAUGAGACUAGCUAAAUAUCCAGUCCCACCUCAGUUCGUACAAAUAAAGCGGCCAAGCCUGUAGCUCUUUCGCAGCUCAUAAGCCUUAUUCUUGUACCUGAGUCGUUGUCCACGACCGACAGCAACCUUUGGGAUUCACCGAAUGUGCAAUUGAAACGUAAUUGUGCACUUUUCCCAGGAAAAGUCUACAAAACCGUUACACCCUUGAGAUAGCAGCUUGAAAGCAGCCUGCGCUGCUUUGUCCAGCCGUCAGCCUCGUCUUGUUCGCUGAACUCAAUUGAUAUCUCUCGAAAUAAUGUAUCAAAUCCCACGGAAACCGGUGUUGUCUGCGACACAAGCCUCCCCAACAACUUCAAUUUCACCAAUUGCUCCCCCCGAGAGUAAUGAAGGUGACUCCUCAAUCCACAGGCAAUAUUCAAGCGAAAACAGCAGCAUCCAACCACAUACCCCCGCACAAGCAGAGCUGUUCUCGACCCUUGAAGUCCCGACCAAUGGACCAGAAAUCGCCUCAGGCUUUCCAUAUAACCAACGACUCUUCCAGUUGCAUGUCAGCCCAGACGAAUGGACGCAGUUCUGCGACGAGCUGGCGUACGCAGUGAGGCUUACACUUCUAGAAAAAUGUGCUGUCUGGUCAGUGGGUGUUGGAGUUGGGAUAGUCGCCACAGGUGCAUUGGCUAUCCUUGGGCCAAUCCCCGCAUACUAUGCUGGAAAGAGCGUCAAAAAGAGUCGCGUGGCGAAGAAAGUGAGACGGAGUCAAAAGGGAAAAGGAGAUCUUGAAGUAACACUGAACACCUGGAACGAGAAUGUAUUUCGAGACAAGGGCAUCAGAAUAUGGCUCCGUUUACCUAGGCGCAAACAGGAGAAGCUGGAGCACAAGAUGGAAAAGAGGGAAGGAAAAAAAAUGAACAAAGAAGACGGCGACGACAUCGGUGACGACGUUAACGGCAGCACACCUUCACUCUCCUCCAGAAGCAACCCUCACGCCGACUGCAGCCCCCUCAGCCGGUCAUCUAACUCGAAACUAGGCUUCAAAGUUGAGCCGAAGGAAUCGAUGGCUGCAAGGAACAAGCGAGAGAAGCUGGAGGCGAAACGGUUGGAAACACAUUAUACAUUAAUGGUGGAGGAUAUCAGAAAACCUAUUGGCGAAGAAGAAUUACUUCAGAUUGGUGUUAUAGAAGUCGAAGAGCCUGAAAGUGCCCGCUCCUCAGCUUCAUCUCCAGUAUCUUCUCGAGGGGAUCCACCCGACUAUGACUCUACUACGGAUAGUCGCGGCUCAGUAGCAGAGCUAGAAGAAACAUGUCUUCCUACGGGAGUCGUGCUACCCUCCCGAGGUGUCUAUGAGCUUGCAUCGUGAGCACUAAGGCCGAGCGUUUCUUUGCUUUAUGACAGGGGAGUUUAGGAACCAUGAUACCAUUGUCUUCUUCUUUUUUCUUUUUCUUUUUUUCUUUUUAUAAUGAAACGGACGUAUUUGGGCAAAACAUGAAUGAUAUUCCCCCAACUCUUCUCCAUUUCUCUUCUUUCUAAUUCUCUUUUCUCUCGGUUUAUUUUCCACACGCUAUCCAAUGGGCUUCUAUGCCGGCGAAUAGUAUUAAGUUGGCUCCUAUUGUCGAGUUCCUGGAGAGUUUCUACAUCAAGUAUUCUCCUUGCCCUUUAAUGUAAGCAAUGAAAAUUCAUAAUUAUAAUCUUCGAGAAAUAGAUAAAUAAAUUAAGUUUCUGUUCAUUACUCCCAGUAGGUGUGCAAAGUAGCUGGGAGCAUGAGCACCAUAG